GCGCCAGGCCCUUGCAUCACUUCCUCUGCCUUCAUCUCGCAGCACUUUUGCAUUUGUUUUCCUCUGUCUUCGGUUUGCUGCACUCUGACCCAGUCCAACCUGCAACCACUCAGAGCAAACACAUCCGCUCGUCCACACGAACUGCCAGCGAUUCACCCGCAGAGCAGAAGCCGUGUGUAUCGAUGAGCAGCUGAGAAGAAGGAGCAGCUGUUGCUGAGAGUGGAGUAGACCAGAGCAGAGCGUCAUCAUUCUGCAUUUUGCAUUCUUGGGGGUGGGGAGUAAGAGAGGACCGUUAGAGCAGUGAUGGUGGUUGGGAUCUAUAUUUAGUCUGACGUGACCCCACUCGUACCGCGACAGCUGUCCCUCCUCUUCGUCUCGCCAUGCAGUGUCAGGAAUAGAGGAGUCCAGUCAACCUGUGAGGGACGUAAGCGCGCUCUGUCUCGUAUCUCGCUCUGUGCCGGCUCCGUUGAACUUGUUUUCUGGACUGCUCUGAAAUACGGAAGUUAGAGGAGCCACACUGGCACUGAGGAACCAGAACCGAGGAGCUGAGUGCGGUGCAGACGUUCUUACCUGAAGCUCAGUCCGAGGUUGACAUCUCCCAAUACCAGAAUCUAUCGUUCUCAGAAACCUAUCUCUCGGCUGUCGCAUAUCAGCUGUCCCUGCCGUUCAUCCCCUGCUCCUCGUUGUCCGGCCCAGCCCAUGAGCGCAACGUCAUCACCAUGGCUUUCUCAUCACGCUUUUCCUUCUGGGAGCAAAAGGUUAAAGAUGAGACCAAGGCAGCCCCUAAGAGUUUGAAAGAGAGUUCAGAUAGUAAUGGUAGCCUCAGUAGUCGCUCCCAGUCGGUACCCAGCCUGGAGCCUGCUAAAGUCCUGCUGCGCACCAAGAGCCCCCAGCCUGCUCGAGAUCCUCCUGGACAUGCCCAGUCCCAGCCCCAGCUCAGGGAACGAUUCAAGAGCCCUUCACCCACAAGGAACAGGUUUUCUAUCAUCAAGAGCCCUGAACCAUCCAGAAACAUCCAAGAGCGCUUCAAAAGCCCUGAGCACUAUCCAGAUUUACAGAGUCGUGAGCCUGUCCAGAAUGGUGAUAGCAAGACCAAUGGUCUUUUAGCUAGCAACACCACAAGCACAGUCAGUGCCCGGGAGCCAGAGAUGACAGAGGACCCGAAUGGUGUAACUCUCAAGAAGGGUGUGAAGGUGGUGAAGAGAGUGGUGAGGAGGGUAGAACCUGCAGAUGAGGACACUGCUUCUACUUCUAUGACCACAACUCUUUGUCAGACUCCCACUGAGCCUCCAAAAUCUUCCUCUGAGCCACCCAAACCCUCAACAAAGCCUGUGAUACCCCGAAUUGUCCCUGAGCCACCCAAAACUAUGCCAGCAUCUGUACCCAAGGUCACUAAGAAGCCCAUGUUCUCUUUUAAGCAUGACUUCAUAAAGAAGGAGGAGAAAGAUGAAGUCUCCACAGGACUAGCCAGCCUGAUGAGCCGAGGCAGGACCAGGGAUCUGCGACCUCGUCCCUGUAAGGAGCCGUCUGCAGCAAAACAAGAGCACAAGAAGGAGGAGAAUACUGAAGACAAAGAAAGCUCAGCAGCAACAGGGAGGAGUGUGCAGAAACCUGAAGCCAGCCAUAGUCUGCAUUCAAAGCCAGAGGAAAAGACUUUGGGACCUUCUCCUCCUACCUCUCCUGCUACUACCUCUCCAGUUAAGUCCCCCGUCACCCCACCAGCCGGAUUCAUCCCAGCUCCCAAGAGAGUGCCUGUGCCAAAGCCUUCCCCCAUGGUUCCUCUGGCUGGUUUUAUUCCCAAAACUACUGAAGUCCGUAAAACCCCUACAGUUUCUGCACCACUGGCAUCCAUUCCAGAUCCCAAACCUGCAUCCAUUGUGCCCAAGCCAGCAUCUGUAACUUCUGAAGUAUCUCCAGUUCUUACUCCUGUCAAAUCCACCACUAGCUCGUGUCCUGAACCGUUAGCCACUUCGCCCGGGUUCACCCCAACCCCCAAACAACUGGCUACGAAGAGCCUAAAGGUGAAGACAGUAUCACUUCUGUCCUCAACGCAAACUGCGAACUCUUGUCGUGGCAUCAUAUCUAAAGUCUCUCAUCCACCUAUGAUCCAAAAGGAGAGUCCUCCACAGAGUCCUGCUGAAGCAGCGCAGAGACGACUGGAGCAGAUCUUCUUUGCAUCUCUGGAGCCCGUGCAAAGUGCAUCUGCGUCCACAUGCACUCAGGUCCAGGGCCUGCCUGAGAAACCGGCCUCAUCUCUCACCCUCACAGCAGUGUGUUCUCGUGCUGUCUGCUUCAGUGGACCGGUGGAAGAGGAUCCCGUGACUAUCCUACAGGUGGCCCACGCUGCUGCCGCCCAGCCUAAGGUGAAGACCGAGGAGCAGAUCGCUGCAGAGCAGGCAUGGUACGGCUCCGAGAAAGUGUGGCUGGUCCACAAGGAUGGCUUCUCUUUGGCCACUUUGCUGAAGACGGAGGCGGGCAGCCUGCCAGAGGGGAAGGUGAAGAUCAAACUGGAGCAUGACGGGACAGUACUGGACGUGGACGAAGACGAUGUGGAGAAGGCGAACCCUCCAUCCUAUGACCGUUCUGAAGACUUGGCGACUCUACUCUACCUGAACGAGUCGAGCGUGAUGCACUGUCUGCGGCAGCGCUACGGAGGAAACCUCAACCACACUUAUGCUGGGCCCAGCAUGGUGGUCAUCAACCCCAUCAGUGCUCCUUCCAUGUACUCGGAGAAGGUGAUGCACAUGUUUAAAGGCUGCAGGCGUGAGGACACGGCACCUCAUGUCUAUGCUGUGGCUCAGUCGGCCUACCGGAACCUUCUGACAACACGGCAGGACCAGUCCAUCGUUCUGCUUGGCAAAACUGGCAGUGGCAAGACCACCAACUGCCAGCACCUGGUGCAAUACCUGCUCUCCAUCGCUGGCAGCAUCGGCAAGAUCUUUUCAGCGGAGAAAUGGCAGGCAGUCUACACGAUCCUGGAGGCAUUUGGGAACUGUGCCACCUCCAUGAAUUCAAACGCAAGCCGCUUCUCCCAGAUCGUCUCUCUGGACUUCGACCAAGCCGGCCAGGUGGCCUCCGCCUCCAUCCAGACAAUGCUGCUGGAGAAACUGAGGGUGGCCAAGAGGCCGGAAGCUGAGUCCACUUAUAAUGUCUUUUAUUACAUGAUGGCUGGGGCAGACAACACUCUCAGGACUGAGCUACAUUUCAACCACUUUGCUGAGAACAACACCUUUGGAAUUGUGCCUCAUUCAAAGUCUGAAGACAAGCAGAAGGCAGCACAGCAGUUCACUAAGCUGCAGGCAGCUAUGAAGGUGCUCGGUAUCUCUGCUGAUGAACAGAAAGCUCUUUGGCUCAUACUCGGGGCCAUCUACCACCUGGGAGCUGCUGGGGCCACGAAAGAGACUGAAGAAGCCGGCCGUAAACAGUUUGCACGUCAUGAGUGGGCCCAGAAGGCGGCCUACCUCCUGGGCUGCACCCUUGAAGAACUUUCCUCGUCAAUCUUCAAACACCAUCCAAAAGGAACCCUGCAGAGGUCCACCUCCUUCCGCCAGGGUCCGGAUGACGUCGGAGCUGGAGAAAGCCCAGGUACAAAGAUCACGGCUCUGGAGUGUCUGGAGGCCAUGGCUGCCGGGCUCUACGCAGAACUCUUUACUCUCGUCAUCUCCCUCAUCAACCGAGCACUGAAGUCAAGUCAGCACUCACUGUGCUCUCUUCUAAUUGUGGACACUCCGGGUUUUCAAAACCCUCGGCUGGCUAAGCGUGGCGCCACUUUUGAGGAGCUGUGCCAUAACUAUGCUCAGGAGCGCCUGCAGGCCCUGUUCCAAGAGCGCACGUUUGUACAGGAGCUGGAGCGAUACAAGGAGGAAAACAUAGAGCUUGCAUUAGAUGACAUAGAGCCCAGUACGUCCUUAUCUGUAGCAGCUAUAGACCAAGCCUCAACCCAAGCGUUGGUGAGGACGCUGGCAAGGACUGAUGAGGCACGUGGAUUGCUGUGGCUGAUGGAGGAAGAGGCUCUGCAGCCCGGGGGCUCUGAGGAAACUCUGCUGGAGCGCCUUUUCAGCUACUAUGGCCCCACGGAGGGAGAGGUCAAAGGCCCAAACCUGCUGCUGAAGAGUGAGAAGCAGCAUCGCUUCCUGCUGGGUCACAGUCAUGGCACAGACUGGGUGGAAUAUGAUGUUCUGGGCUGGUUGUGCCAUGCCAAGCAGAACCCUGCCUCCCAGAAUGCUGUCACUCUGCUGCAGGACUCGCAGAAGAAGAACAUCAGUGGGCUGUUUAUGGGGCGUUCCGGAGGUGCCACGGUGCUGUCGGGCUCCAUUGCCGGUCUUGAAGGAGGCUCUCAGCUGGCCUUGCGUCGGGCAACCAGCAUGAGGAAGACUUUCACUACCGGCAUGGCUGCCGUCAAAAAGAAGUCCCUGUGCAUCCAGAUCAAGCUGCAAGUGGAUGCGCUUAUAGACACGGUGAGGCGCUCUAGGGUGCACUUUGUGCACUGCCUGAUGCCCAAGGCGGAGGCCCUGAGUGGAGAGAUGCGUGUUCAUGGAGAAAGCAGUGACACAGGGCUCAUGCAGCUAGACGUGGUGCUGCUGCGUGCUCAGCUCCGAGGCUCCAAACUGCUUGAUGCUCUGCGCAUAUAUCGCCAAGGUUACCCUGAUCACAUGGUGUUCUCUGAGUUCCGCCGACGCUUUGACGUACUAGCACCCCACCUGACUAAAAAGCACGGACGCAACUAUAUUGUGACAGAUGAGAAAAGGGCUGUGGAAGAGCUCCUGGAGUUUCUGGAGCUGGAGAAAAGCAGCUAUCACAUGGGUUUGAGCAGGGUGUUCUUCAGGGCAGGGGUUCUGGCUAAGCUGGAGGAACAGAGGGAUCUGCAGACCAGGCGCAACAUCACUCUCUUCCAGGCCACCUGCAGGGGCUACCUCGCCCGGCAAGCCUUCAAAAAGAGGAAGAUCCAAGACCUGGCCAUCCGCUGCAUCCAGAAGAACAUCAAGAAGAACCGUGGCGUGAAGGACUGGCCCUGGUGGAAGGUCUUUACUACCGUGCGGCCUCUGAUCCAAGUGCAGCUCAGCGAGGAGCAGAUCCGUGGCAAAGACGAGGAGAUUCAGCAGCUGAAGCUGAAGCUGGAGAAAGUGGAGAAGGAGAGAAACGAGCUGCGACUCAACACUGACCGUUUAGAGAGCAGGAUCACAGAGCUGUCAUCAGAGCUAGCCGACGAAAGGAACACAGGCGAGUCUGCCUCUCAGCUGCUCGAGUCUGAGACGUCCGAGAGACUCCGGCUGGAGAAGGACAUGAAAGACCUUCAGGCCAAGUAUGACUCCAUGAAGAAGCAGAUGGAGUCCAUGGAGAUGGAGGUGAUGGAGACUCGGCUCAUACACGCCUCCGAGCUUAAUGGAGAGAUGGACGAUGAUGACACAGGAGGAGAGUGGAGACUGAAGUAUGAGAGAGCAGUCCGGGAGACCGAGUUCACCAAGAAGAGGCUGCAGCAAGAGUUUGAUGACAAGCUGGAGGUGGAGCAGCAGAACAAGAGGCAGCUGGAAAGACGGCUGACAGACAUGCAGGCAGACAAUGAGGAGGUGCAGCGGGUGGCGCAGCAGCUGAAGAGGAAAUGCCAGAAGUUGACAGCUGAGCUCCAGGACACCAAACUCCACCUGGAGGGCCAGCAGAGUCGCAACCAUGAGCUGGAAAAGAAGCAGAGGAAGUUUGACUCUGAGCAGACUCAGGCCCAGGAGGAGGUGCAGAAAGAGAGAAGUCAGCGUGAGAAGCUGAGUCGGGAGAAAGACAUACUGACUGGGGAAGUGUUCAGCCUCCGACAGCAACUGGAGGACAAAGAUCUGGACAUGUGUGCUCACAAUCUGAAGCUGGAGCAGAUGGAGGCUGAGCUGCAGGAUCUGAACUCUCAGGAGUCGAAGGAUGAGGCCUCGCUAGCCAAGGUCAAAAAGCAGCUCCGCGACUUGGAGGCAAAAGUCAAAGAUCAGGAGGAGGAGCUUGAUGAGCAAGCAGGCACUAUUCAAAUGUUGGAGCAGGCCAAGCUACGUUUGGAGAUGGAGAUGGAGAGGCUGAGACACACACAUUGUAAAGAGAUCGAGAGCAAAGAUGAUGAGGUGGAGGAGAUCAGACAGUCAUGUAGUAAGAAGCUGAAGCAGAUGGAGGUCCAGUUGGAGGAGGAGUAUGAAGAUAAACAGAAGGUCCUUAGGGAGAGGAGAGAGCUAGAAGCCAAGCUGCUGUCCGCUCAAGACCAGGUUAACCACAGAGAUGUAGAGACGGAAAAACGCCUCAGGAAAGACCUGAAGCGCACCAAAGCCCUUCUAGCUGAUGCCCAGAUCAUGCUGGACCACCUGAAGAACAAUGCACCUAGCAAGAGGGAGAUUGCCCAGCUGAAAAACCAGCUAGAAGAAUCUGAGUUCACCUGUGCUGCUGCAGUCAAAGCCCGCAAGGCCAUGGAGGUGGAAAUUGAGGACCUUCAUGUUCAGAUGGAUGACAUCUCCAAAGCCAAGCAGACUUUGGAGGAACAGCUGAUCCGUGUGCAGCGGGAGAAGAACGACCUGCAGUCGCGCAUGGAGGAAGACCAAGAGGAUAUGAAUGAGCUCAUGAAGAAGCACAAAGUGGCUGUUGCCCAGUCCUCUCAGAGCCUGGCACAGGUCAGUGAGCUCCAGUCUCAGCUAGAGGAGGCCAUGAAGGAGAAACAGGAAGUCCAGGAGAGGCUCACGGCCCUGCAAAGUCAGUUGGAGUUUCAGGAACAGUCCAUGGUGGACAAAUCUCUGGUCAGCAGGCAAGAGGCCAAGAUCCGCGAGAUCGAGACCAAACUCGAGUUUGAGAAGACACAGGUGAAACGUCUGGAGAGUCUAGUGUCGAGGCUGAAAGAGAAUGUGGAAAAACUGACUGAGGAACGUGACCACCGUAGCACCAGUGAGAACCGUGAGAAGGAGCAAAACAAACGACUGCAGCGUCAAAUCCGUGACCUCAAGGAGGAGAUGGGUGAACUGGCCAAGAAGGAGGCUGAAGCCAGCCGGAAAAAGCACGAGUUGGAAAUGGACAUUGAGAGCUUGGAGGCUGCAAAUCAGAGUCUUCAGGCGGAUCUCAAGCUGGCCUUCAAAAGGAUCGGUGACCUGCAGGCUGCUAUUGAAGAUGAGAUGGAGAGCGAUGACAACGAGGAUCUUAUCAACAGUUUACAAGACAUGGUGACUAAGUAUCAGAAACGAAAGAACAGAACUGAAGGAGACUCGGAUUCCUGCUCAGAAGUGGAGGAGCGAGUUGAUGGUGUGAAGUCCUGGCUCUCCAAAAACAAAGGCUCAGCCAAGAAUAUAUCAGAUGACAGCAGCCUGAAGAGCUCAAGAUAUGCUGCAAACAGUGAUACCAAAGAGGGGAAGGAAUGGCAAGAGAAUGGCAAAGAAGGUAAAGGUUUAGACCAGAGUAGGCCGGUGUCUGUGAUGAGUUCACUCAGUUAUAGGAAACGUUCCAACCUCAAGGAUUCCCUUGGUGGCAAAGGCGAUGAGGGCUCACUCUUUAGCACCCUCAAGGAGCAGGAUGACUCUGAGGAGCUCUCAUCUUUCCGCAAAAACAAAGCCAGGCAGAUCGAUGCCAGGGACUCCUACUCAGUGAACUCCUGGAGGAAGGAUGAGCUGGAUGACAGGGGCUCGGUUAUCUCACAGGCUUACUCAGAGGCAGCCAGCAGGGCCAGGAAGGGCAUGGAGAGCCGCUGGACAGAAUUGGACAACAAAUCAGUUGUGUCAUCCAUGGGCCCAAGCCGAGCCUCUUGGUUGGACGACGACGACGACGACGUCAAAUCCAGUGUGAGUGCUGCAAGCAUGCUGAGUCGUCGCCGCAGCAUGUCUCGACUGGACGAGCGCCUGAGUGAGGGUCGCUCAGCAUUUAGUCCAUCCUUGAGCUGUAGAAGUCCAGGAAGUGUGAGCCGGAGAAGCCCUGGCAGUGUGAGCCGGAGAAGCCCUGGCAGUGUGAGCCGUGCCGAUUCCCGUAUGUCUUUAGCUCGCAGCUGCCGCCUCAGUGAGUUUGAUAUGGAUGAUGAUGCCAUGAGUGUGGCUUUCAGUGAAUUGCAUUCCAACUCCUACAGUCCCCACCACUCUUCCAGUGGCCGCAGCAUGUCCAUGCCCCCACGGGCAAGAACCACUGACUCUGACCUGCCUGAUGCCUCUGACCUCAAGCCCGUCAGCCACCGCAACUACCUCGACCCAGCUCUGGAGGCAGCCAUCAAUGAGGUGCUGAAUUUCAAGCCUGUCAAGUUCAAGCGGAGCAGCCUGGAAGACUCUGAAGCUGAGACCGGCAAGCCGAGCAGGCGUGCGGGGGACGAGGAAGACGAUGAGGUGAAGAGUGUGAGGUCCGGUAGGGACAGCAGCCGCAGCUCCUCCAGCUUGAGACGUUCUGCUUCAGCUGUGGACUUCCAUCGCUCCAGCAGCAGCCUGAGCACCCGCAGCAGGAAGAAGAGCAAGAGCAGAAAAAGGAGGAGCCACAGCUCUGAUUCCUCUGAGAAUGAGCGUAGAAGAAGGAGGUCCAAGAAGAAGGGCAAAAAAAAGAAGUCAAAGAAGGAAUCCUCCUCAUCGUCCUCUUCUUCCUCCUCUGAGUCUCAGUCUAGCUCAGAGUCAGAUUCCAGCUCAGGAGCGUCCACUAUCUCAUACAGAAGUGCUAACAGCAUCAAGAGAGCUCCUGGUAGGCAGGCAUUGGCUUCUGAAGACGAGGGAGAGCCUGGAGGUAGUUCGGAAGCUGUUCCGCCACUCGGCAAAAAAGAGGAGAAGAAAAGGAAGAAGAACGUGGAUAGUGUGAUGAUGAAAUAUCUGUACAGGCCAGACAGUGACUGAAGAUAGCAGUAGCCCCCCCUCUGGCCGAAGACGCUUCUGCCUCAACAGAUCCGACGAGGAAGAAGAGGAGGAGGAGAAGGAAGAAAAGCGCACAGCCCGAAGCUCCUACCGCUGCUAAUACACCUGGGACAGCUACCUGAAUUACAGGGGCAAGCCGGAGAUGUUACACUUCUAUACACUCACAAAAAAAGCAAAUACACAAACUCUCUCUCUCUCUCUCACUCACACACACACUCUCACACACACUCUCUCACACACACACAUUCUAACAUUGGCAUCUAUUUUGGAUGCAAAUGAGAGGAUCUCUAUUUAGGAGAAGUACUUUAGAACACCAUCAUCCAUCUGUAUACUGUGCGCGCGCACACACACACACACACACACACACACACACACACACACACACACACACACAGAGCUCUCACUUUUGGUGAUGUUACUUCUACUUUCGUGCAUUGUGUUAUAGAUACUUAUGCCAUUGAGUAUCAAAGACGCACUACACUGGAAGUUUUUUGUUGUUGUUGUUGGACCUGCUUUGUGUUGCCCCCCCAAUUGCUUCCCCAGAGUGUACUGCAGCAUUCCUCCUGGUUUCUGCCCUGCUCGGCCAGUGGUGCUGCUAGCUGCCGGCCCACGUUGAGCUGAGCUAAAGAAAUCCGGCAUUAGCUUGCUAGAAUAAAGUGGGGAGAUUUGUCCUGUUUGCACUUCAUUAAAAAUAGGAAAAUGGAAAGAAAUACUGUUCUACCAAAAAAGCCUUUAUCGCAAGUGUGUACAUAGAUUUGAGGGGAAGUGGGUUUUUUCCAUUACUUUAAAUCAGUGGAGAGUGGGAGUCAAGGAAGUAGUGUCAUCAAUUUAAACUCAGCUUCCUGCAGGUAUGAGCAAACUCUCUCUCUUUCCCUCUCUCUCUCUCACACUCUCACUGCGUCCUGAGACCCUGAGCUGUCUUUCCUCAGCGAUCUUGCAGUGCAGUGAAUUCAUUUUUUCGUGCUGAAGAAGGCUGCAGCCCCUGUUUCUCCCUCUCCAUCCUCACUGUGAUUUAAUGUGUUUUGGGAUAUCACACAUCAUUCACCUGACAGUACUGUGCUCAUGUUGGAAAUUUUUGGCUCAGCUGUCAUCUCCUUCCUUUUUCGCAUUGUUCUUAUGCUUACUGUGUUUCUUGCUCCUGGCAUACAUUCUUGUUUUCCAAAGGGAAUGUACUUGAUCCUAAGUUUGGUGACGAUUACCUUACCUAUUUUCUUUAUUGUCACAGUGGUCAAAUACUGGAAAAUUCAUCGUCAUUAACAGCUGUGAAUGGCUUUUAUAUUGAUAUUAUACAGCUAAACAACACACACGUGGCAUGAGCACAUGAAUAGAACUGAUGCUGUGAAUCCAUCUUUCUUUCCUCGCUUCCUUCCUUAUCUCCUUACACCCUUGCUUACUUACUACCUUCUUUCCGUAUUCCCUCAUUUCCUUCGUUCCUUAAGUAAGUAAGUAUGUCCCAAGUCGGAUUCUGCAGUAUUGUCAGCCUUACCUUUGACAUUUUAGAUAGCGCUGCACUUAACAAACCUCCUUCUGUUGUUGCUAUUAUUUUGCUUUCAUUAUAGUAUUUAUGGACUUGCGUUAAUGAACUGAGCAAAGUUGCCAAAUGCACACAGUUUUACAUAAAGCAUUGGAGAGGACUCGCUGCUUUUAUUUUAUUUUGAAGGGAGCCAGCAUUUGUUUCACAUGGUUUUUAUGGACUCUCGUAGGUCAGUGAUUUCAUCCUUGUUUCUAUGCAGUCAUUAUUAAUUUUAUUAUAAAGAGUGUGUGUUUUAUCAUGUUUCUGGCUCCAUACAAACACAUGACGAAAAGAUACAUAACACUGCUGGCUGUACACAUUAAUAUGAAUAUAUAAGUCUGUAUAAUUCAUCAUAGCUUUAAAAAUAACUCCUGUUUAUUUUCCUUAUUGAAUAAAUGGCCACUUGUUAUAAGUAAUAAUUUUUCCAUUAUGGUUUAAUAUAUUGUAAAUAAAUGAUGGUGAUUGUU